GGGUAAGGGAAGUGUUGGUGGGCGGGGAAGUAUCCGGAUUGUGAGCGAGAACAGUGUAGCAGGAGGGCAGGCAGUGAGCGCUGCACCACUGCUGACUCCAUCAUCAUGACUCUCAGACCUGCUGCCAUAUUACGUCUUCGAUCUCCCAUUGUCGUUUGUGUGAGGAACAUGACAAAGGGUGAGCCUGGGUCAGGUGCCGGAUCUGGAGGUGGUACUGGCGGAACAAUUAGGGAUGCUGGUGGUUCUUUUGGCAAGAGGGAAGCUGCACAAGAGGAGCAGUACUUUCGCAAACUGCAACACGAGCAACUAGAAAAGAUGAGGGCCGGGCUUCAGCAGGAAGUAGAGUUUCACAAAGACCAAAUAAAGGCCCAUGAAGGAGCCAUCAAGAGGCAUCAAAAACGUUUGAAAAACUUGGAAUAAAUUUUGGCAAUAUGGCCCUCAAAACACUAGUACUGUACUUUAUAUUGCAAUUAAUAUUUAACAUAAUGUGGCUGUAUAGUACUAGCCUGCACAGCAGAUGAUAAAUGUUGGUAACUGCUUUCCAUAAAAAACACUUUAAUUAAUUUAACACUUUCCUCCCCCGUGGACACAAAAGCGAGUCCGUAAGGGCUCCAUUGUACUGUAUAUUAAGUGUCAGUAGCAUGAAACAUUAAUGUAAAUAUUUAAAUUUUUGCAUUGUGCAUAAUAAAGGAACUGCUAAGUGAA